CUGCCUGCAAUACACACAUUUGAUUGGCUGAGUAGCAUCACGUGGGAUGGCUUAACUCGCAUGUAAUUGGUCGGAGAGUUUCCUGAACGCUAAACCGGUGCCGGCAAAACGAGAAAAGCUGCGCCGGUUAAAAAACAAACACCCGUCAACACUGAAAAUCCCUCAAUAAUUUAUUGAUUAUAGGUCCGGUUCGGAUAGGUUGGCGUCUGGGUCCGGACUCGGACCACGGUCCGCCAGUUAGUGACCCCUGGUAUGUCCACUUAUUGUCGCACUAUAUCACUAAGCGGCGGAGGAGAGUUGGAAAGUUGUGUCAGUAGUGCAGCUGUGGGCGUCACACCUCAGGCUCAGCUCUUCACGUUCCCAUUUCUCCUCACUCAGGACGCAUCAUGGCACAGCUCCGGGUCUGCGCGCUUCUCCUCCUCCUCAUCAUCACCAUCGCUGUAAAGUGUGAUUCGGGGAUAUCCACUACAUUAGGAGACUCUGUCAAACUGACUGCGAGUAAAAACUGCACCGGUGUCACAGAAUCCAAACUUAUGACUGGCGAUAUCACUGUGCCUGUGGCAAAGCUUGUUAACGGGACCUGGAUGGCGCAACCAGGUUACGAGGGCCGAAUUAAACACCAUUCAACGUGUUCUCUCGUCUUAACCCAGUUGAACUAUAACGACAACGGAUUGUUUGAGUUCUUCUGCGGCGGCUCAGUUGUGACUUUGACCCAGCUGGAGGUGGUUGUAUCCUACAAGUCUGUGCCCGAGGGAGGACAAGCCACUCUUCCCUGUCAUUCAUUGACUGCACGGAGACCUGCCCAGCUUAUAAGAUGGGAAAAAGACGGAGCGCUUGUGAUCGAGUGGGACCCUUCCUCCGGGGGGAUCAGGUAUGGCGCGGGCUUUAAGGGGAACGUGUCCAUAUCACCUGAGCGGUACUUGAGUGGAGACAUCUCGCUGACUUUGGCGCGGGCUCAGCCGGAGGACCAAGCCGUUUACUGGUGUUACACCCAAGAGAAAGAUGGAAGGAAGCAGCGGGGAAAUCCUGCUGCUGUGAGGCUGAUCAUCGAGAGACCCCCAGACCAGAUCCUCUCCACCCCCCCGCAUCCCCCCUCUUCACAGACCCCCUCAGAGAUGGGAGAUUGGACCAAUGUUGGAAUAGCAGCUGGCGGGAUUUCCAUCGCAUUAAUAUUCUUUUUCUGUGGCUGGGGGGCCAGAUCCUACCGAUUGAAUGGGUCACCUUGUGGCGGAUCAGAUGUGGAGACACCCUCUAACAGCAACAAGUUGAGCCUCAUCCUCGAGUAUAAGAGGGGAACAGAUGAUUGAGUUUUGAUCUGAACUUCACCUCUGGCCCGGAGGGAAGACUUUUGUUCUUUAUGAAAAUGAGUGUUUUUAAAUGAGUGUGUGCUGAACAGACUGAAUAUUUUUAUUAUGUGAAUGUAACUUAAAUGUGAUUGUUUGCCGGUACAUCCGUCACGAUGAAUUAUAUUUAAUACAUCUGUAAAGUAAAGCUGAUAAUAAAUAUACAUGUUUCCCUCCUGAAA